GACCUCACCCAGCCAGUCGGCAACCACAGCGCGCACUUCGGCCUCUCCUUCGCCGACCCCAGGCAGCCGCGCGAGUGGCGCACCACGUUGCUCGUGCGCAACCUGCCGUGCCACUCCGCGCCGAACGAGCCUCAUGUCUCUCAUGGAUGAGCUUGGCGUGAAAGGACAGUACGAUUUUGUGUACGCGCCCAUGGAUUUCAAGAGCAAGCGCAGCAUGGGCUAUGCCUUCGUGAACUUCCGCAGCGUUGCCGCGGCGCUCUUCUUCAAGAAGUCCAUGGACGGCUUCUCGCGCUGGCCCAUACGCAGCCAGAAGGUCUGCUCCGUUAUUUGGAGCGACACGCAGGGUCUGGAAGCCAAUAUCGACGUCGUGCUCAAGAGCGACAUGAUGAGGAAGGCUGCGGCCCCAGAGGACUUCAAGCCCCUUGUCCUCCUGAACGGGCAGAUGGUGCACUUGUCCAGCCUCGUCGCCAGCGGUGGCUCGGGCGGCCGCGGAGACCGCGACCGCGGGGGGCACUGA